GGAGCGCGGAUCCUGGCGUCCGCCAAGAGUUCAACUGCCCGGGGGCCGGGAGAGGGGCUUCGAGUUUGGAGAUGGCACUGAAGGGAAGAUGGGGCGAGCGGCCUGGGUCGUAGACUUAGAAACUUAAAGGAGUGAGGUCGUCUGCGGCCGAAAGCCUGGUUUUGAGAAGUUGCUGGGUGUGUUUUGCCACCGAUGAAGAUGAUAGAACAGCUGAAUGGGUGAGACCAUGCAGAUGCAGAGGAUCUACUAAGUGGGUUCACCAGGCUUGUCUACAACGCUGGGUGGAUGAGAAGCAGAGAGGAAACAGUACAGCCAGAGUGGCAUGUCCUCAGUGCAAUGCUGAAUACCUAAUAGUUUUUCCAAAGUUGGGUCCAGUCGUUUAUGUCUUGGAUCUUGCAGAUAGACUGAUCUCAAAAGCUUGCCCUUUUGCUGCAGCAGGAAUAAUGGUUGGAUCUAUCUAUUGGACAGCUGUGACUUAUGGAGCAGUGACAGUGAUGCAGGUUCACCAUUCUACUCUAUUCAGUGAUACUACUUUUGAUGUGAAGGUUGUAGGCCAUAAGGAAGGGCUGGAUGUUAUGGAGCGAGCUGACCCUUUAUUCCUUUUGAUUGGACUCCCUACUAUUCCUGUCAUGCUGAUACUGGGCAAAAUGAUUCGCUGGGAGGACUAUGUGCUCAGACUAUGGCGCAAAUACUCAAAUAAACUGCAAAUCUUGAACAGUAUAUUUCCAGGGAUUGGUUGUCCUGUUCCUCGAAUUCCAGCUGAAGCUAAUCCUUUAGCUGAUCAUGUCUCUGCUACCCGAAUUUUGUGUGGAGCCCUUGUCUUUCCUACUAUUGCGACAAUAGUUGGUAAACUGAUGUUCAGUAGUGUUAACUCAAAUUUACAAAGGACAAUCUUGGGUGGAAUUGCUUUUGUUGCCAUAAAAGGAGCAUUUAAAGUUUACUUCAAACAGCAGCAAUAUUUACGUCAGGCACACCGCAAAAUCCUAAAUUAUCCAGAGCAAGAAGAAGCAUAAAACUGACUUGUGGUUGUUCUGAGGCCUCUCAUCCGGACAAGUCUGCUGUGUCGUUCUGAUUCCUCAUUAAUGCACUAGUGGAGACUUGUGACAAGCUACUGCUCCUAUAUUUUUAAGAAAUAUAAUAAAGCACGCAAGGCAGGGGAUCCUCUCAGUAAUCACAGAACCUAAGGAUACGAUUCAACUUGAUUGAUUGUAUGUACUGCUUUGACAGCCAUUGGCUAAACCAUUAUCUUAGCAUGGUAAACCUGGGUUUGUUCAUAUUUUUCCAGACAAAAAUGUAAAGAUAAAACUGUACAAAUAUUAAAAAUGGACAUGCUGUUUUA